AUGCUUUUAUUCCAGAUCAAGGUGAUAGAAAACUCACUGUUCUUUUCUUUCAUAGAAAUCUGGGAAAUUGAUGAUCAUCUACCAAAACUCUUACAGAGAGAAAGCAAGGUGAACAGGAUGGUACAGUGGCAUGAACACAGUGCCUUUGAAAAUUCUGUUCAUCAGCACAGAGCUCAGUUUCUACUAAGGCAAAAGCAUGGUAUAUUUAACUUACAUGAAAAAAGUAUGAAAACAAACUUACCUUUGAUUGACCAGAGCAGACACUGUGAAAUAAAGAACUUUGCUGAGAUUUCUAGAAAUGGGGAAUCCUUUCUCCAUGUUUCUYGUGAACAAUUUCAUACUGAAAUUAAAUUCCCUGAAAAUGGAAAACUCAUCAGCACUAAAUCUCAGUUCACUUGUCCCAAGCCUCAGAAUACUCAAAAAGUAGAGAAACCUCAUGUAUGCAGUGACUGUGGGAAAGCCUUCAUCAAGAAGUCUUGGCUGACUGAUCACCAGAUCAUCCACACUGGUGAGAAGCCCCAUAGAUGUCAUCUGUGCGGGAAAGCCUUCUCCAGGAAGUUCAUGCUCACAGAACACCACAGAACCCACACAGGUGAGAAACCGUACAUAUGCACCGAAUGUGGCAAAGCCUUUCUCAAGAAAUCACGGCUCAACAUACACCAGAAGACUCAUACUGGAGAGAAGCCCUAUAUAUGCAGUGAAUGUGGAAAGGGCUUCAUCCAGAAAGGAAACCUCAUCGUUCAUCAGCGAAUUCACACAGGUGAGAAGCCUUACACAUGUGGUGAGUGUGGGAAAGGCUUCAUCCAGAAGACUUGCCUCAUAGCUCAUCAGAGAUUUCACACAGGGAAGACUCCCUUUGUGUGCRGCGAAUGUGGAAAGUCCUGUUCACAGAGGUCGGGGCUCAUCAAGCAUCAAAGAAUUCACACAGGAGAG